CAGAAAAACUGUUUACUGUUAUUUAUUCACCUCAUGAUCCAAACCAGUAUGACUGACUGACUUACUUUUGUGGAGCACAGCUAGUUUACCAAUAAAGUUACGUUGUAUGGAGAAAGAUGCUAUGAACGUGAACGAGACGGUAAUAUCUUAAGAGAAUUUCGAGUCUUGGCUUGAUAAGAGAUCUGUAGUGUGAGUUGAAUUGAGAAUGAAGCCAGUACGGAAGUAGCAGAGCAGAGCACCCUCUUCUGUUCACCACUGAGGUACAGCACUGGAGAGACUCUGACACUUCAGUACCUGCGACGAGAACAGGACGGUUGUGUCAUUAAGAGAGCAGAACAAGUAGGCGUUGAGAUUGAAUCCACUGACCCAUAGCGGGAUUAAAAAUGUCCUCUAGUAGCCAGCUGCAUCUCCUUCUAAUGCUCCUGUUUGGCCAAGUUUGGUCCAUUUCCUCUGUGCAGGAAAUGCAAACGGAUCUUGAAACCAUUAUGAAGAUAAACGCUGCUGGAGAAAUGAUGCAGUGCUCCACAGCGAUGGAUAUUCUCUUUGUGAUGGAUAGCUCCUACAGCGUUGGGAAAGGAGGGUUUGAACGGUCCCGCCACUACGUGUUGAAGUUGUGUGAGGCUCUUGAUGUCAGCACAGACAAGGUGCGAGUUGGCGUGAUUCAAUUUGGUUCCACGCCAAAGCUGGAAAUCAGUCUAGACUCCUAUAACAGCAAAGAGGAACUGAAGAAAAAGAUGAAGAAAAUCCACUAUAGAGGUGGAAGCACACAGACAGGUCUGGCUUUGAAGUUCGUUCUGAGGAAGGGGUUUUCCGGCGGACGCAAUUCCACAGUGCCACGCGUCGUCAUCCUCUUAUCUGACGGAAAGUCCCAGGGGGCAGUGCAGCUGGCCGCCUCAGAGCUCAAGCUGUCUGGAGUGAUUCUGUUUGCCGUGGGGAUCCGUUACCCCAGAUGGGAAGAGCUCCGUGAAUUGGCCAGCAGCCCUUCAGACACUCAUGUGUUCUUUGCAGAGCAUUUCAGUGAUGCUAUAAACGGAUUACUCACCACCCUCACCACCUCAUCCGUUUGCACUGCCGUUCCUUCAGGGUGUAAAGUGGAGUCUUACCCGUGUGUUCACAAAACCCUGGAGACGGUCAAAGAGCUUCAGGGAAAUUUUGUGUGCUGGAAGGGAUCCAAGGGAUACUCAACGUACACAUCCCUCUGCCCUCAUUACAGAUAUAACAAAGUUUACCGGCAACACCCUGUUGUCUGUCACCGAACUAUAUGUCCAGACCCCUGUGAUUCUCAGCCCUGUCAGAACGGUGGGACGUGUAUAUCUGAGGGACUAGAGAAGUACCGCUGCGAGUGUCCCGCGGGCUACGGCAGUGACCCCAAUUGUGCUCCCAUUCUGAGUUUCGACUGCUCCGUGGAUGUGCUCUUCCUUGUCGAGGGCUCCUCUGCGCUUACUCUGGAGGGUUUCUUGCGGUUCAAGUCCUUCCUGAAGCGUUUCAUGCAGGCUGUGCUGAGUUCUGACACACCUGUGAAGAUGGGGUUGGCCCAGUAUGGAAGUGACGUGAAGAUCGAGGCCAAAAUCGGGGGGCAUAGAGACCCGGCAAAGCUGAUCCAGGCUGUUGAGGGCAUGCAGUAUCGGGGUGGGCAGGCUAAGGCUGGAAACGCCCUUCGAUACAUCACACGCCACGGCUUCCAGAGCGCACCCGUGUUCGCUGAUGUUCAGGACGACUUGCCACGAGUGGUAGUGCUGCUCACGGGAACGCCGUCGGCGGAUGCUGUGGUGGAGCCAGCGAAGUACGCACGGGACAGGGAGAUCUUCAUCAUCGGUGUAGCGCCAGAAGGGAUGAGGGCUGAAAUAAACAACAUCACAGGGAACCCUCAGCGCACCAUUACAUAUCAGUCACCUGAUAGACUGAGCGCAAAGAUCCCAGAGCUAAGAGCCAAAAUUUGCAGUGUUGACAACCAGGGCUGUCUGGGUCAAGCUUUGGACCUUGUUUUUGUAUUGGACGCCUCCAGCGGUGUAGGAAAGGACAAUUUCGUCCACCUUCAGGACUUUGUUCGAAGCACCUCAGUGCAGUUUGACAUCAACCGUGAUGUGGCUCAGGUGGGACUGGUGGUUUAUGGCAGACGGCCCGUCACGGUCUUUGACCUGGACAAGUAUGACUCAGGCUCCGCUGUGCUGAAGGCAGUAGGAGAUGCUGCUUUUCUGGGUGGUAAGGCCUCUACAGGUUCAGCUCUGCUCCAUGUUCUCUCUCAAAGCCUGACAGUUGGGAAAGGAGCACGGCCUGGAGUCAACAAGGCAGUGGUGGUUCUGACUGAUGGGACGGGUGCGGAAGAUGCAGCGGUGCCCGCUCAGAAGAUCCGGGAUAGUGGAGUAUCAAUGUUUGUGAUUGGAAUCGGGGACAUACAGCAGGAAGUUCUCUUCCGCAUCGCCGGAUCUGAGGAUCACAUGAUCUCUGUGCCUUCAUAUGAUGACCUGAAAUAUUCUGAGGAUGUGCUGGUACAAAUGGUGUGUGCAGACGUAAAGAAACCUGUUAACCCGUGCAGUCCAAACCCCUGUAUGAAUGAUGGCAUCUGUAUGCUGCUGAAUGGCAGCUACCGCUGUGAAUGCCAUGGUUGGAAGGGUCCACACUGCGAAACACGAAGCAGAGAGCAGCCAUCCAGAGGAGAUCUUCCUAAACCUGCAGGCCUGAGGCGCCAACAGCACAAGAGCGAAAAAGAGCUGCUGCAGCGCUAUAGACAGCACCGCAGGAGACACGCGUCCCAAACACAGCACAGAUAAAUUCUAAAUUCACAUUGACUUAAGAUGCUAAUGAACAUGCAAGCGAGGAGACACUUCAAACGGGAUGUUUACGUAUUUCAUGAAUUUUGUAAAUGCUAUUAGUGACAAAUUAGGAUUUUUUUAUGCUGUUUGUAUAGUUUAUUCAGCACUGAAAUCCUUAAUGAGCAUAUAUUCUGUCUGAGAUUUGGACCUGCUUGUGAUCUGUCAUAUUGAAAACUCCUUGUUACAGAAAACCUCAUGUUAGAGGCUUACGUUUUUGACCAUAUUUAUUUUGUAUUACGACAAUGGUGCAUUUGUCUAUUGUAAAGCUAUUAAAUUUUUUCCAGAACUUUGUCUAACUCAGUGUUGUUUUGGUGCCACCUACUGGAGAAACUAUUGGUAUUGCAUAAACAUGAAUUGUUGUCAGUACAAACUUUUAUUUGAAUAAAAAGUGCAUGUUUCAGCUAGCGUACAGUAACAAAUUAAAAAACACUG